CAUAACACCGCAGCCUCGAUAAUCACCCACCACGUGUCAUUUCAAUGCCAAGAGAACGGAGAAAACCCGCUUGCAACCCUUGCCGGACUUCGAAACUGGCCUGCGACCAUGAGCAGCCCGUAUGUUCUAGAUGUCGGGCCAAAAACCGGGCCAGUGACUGUAUCUAUCGCUCCAGGCCUUUUCAGAAAGUCAAGGGGCCGGCGCGAUCGGGGUUUGCCUCUACCCCAGCACAAUCUCCGGUCCAAACCCCAGUUCAGACUCCAGUGGGCUCGGUAUACGUUUCGGAGAGUCCUAUCCCUUCCUCUGAAGCACCACAAGUUUCAGGUGGUCCACCUGGGGCUGGAAUCGCCGAUUCAGCUUCGGGGGGUAUGCUGCCCAAGCAUCAUCUCUACCCGAACGCCGGAUAUCUUGGAUCUUCUAGUCAUAGUGCGCUCUUCAGUCAUUUGCCUGUUGGGCUUGAGCAAGAAAUAACGGUUGAACACGGUGAUUUCGGACCACAAUCAUUCUCAUCACCUAAUAGCACAGUAAAUGAGGCCCAUAUAGCACAUGGCGCUCAACUCAUUGAACAGCUUUGCCGAUAUGUAGACAUUCCAGAUUGUCUCGACUUGGCCAAGUCAUGGCUUCAAACCGGAGCUAAUCUUGUCUUGGGUGGCAUGUUUACACAGAUCUGCCUUGAGACUAUUGGUCUUGUCUUACUUAGACAAGGAGAGGGAGUCACAGACGCCAAGGAAAUCUCAAGAUGCCUGUUCUACAACUCCCGUCAGCCUCUGCUGACGACUUCGCAUACCAUUCUUGAAGAGUAUAGUGCCCAGUUUGAUCACUUAAAUGCGCGGUGGGAGAGUUAUGAGUCUUGGAGGAGGCUGGGAGAUCUUUCAAGCUCCCUCUUCGCUCUUGGCUAUCACCAGCAGCUCGAGAGCAGUGGACCUAUACCACCGUUCCUCAGAAGCCUACGUCAAGCGGCAUUUGCAUGCUCUUAUUCUGCAGAUAAGAACGUCUCCAUCUUUCUUGGGAGACCCCCACGGAUAUCUAGAAAAUUCUGUCAUUUCCGACAGCUCAGCCUCGAUGCUUACUACUCCUACGAUUGGGCGGCUGAUUCCCAGCUCGAUUUGUUUGCGGACACGCGCUGGGCAGCCCUAUGUGCGAUUCUCAAGGAGGAGAUCAUAGUGGAGCUGUUUGGUGAGGAGCGAUUUGAUAACAGAGUUGAGAAAGCAAGCCGCAUCCAAAACACCGCAGAACUACAAUGGUCAUCAUUACCAAAACAUUUUCGGCUUGACAUGCCCAUGAAGUCUUAUGACCGAUCAGCUACCGAACUAGAUCUCAUGCUCGGAAUUAAGCUCAACUACCUUCACGUGCUAUUUCUCCAGCAUCUCGCGCUGGUCCGUCGAGUCUCGGAACCCGAUACCCAACUCCGCAACAUUGCACAAGAAAUCCUCAGCCUCGUAGUCGAAGCUGUCCUAUUCAAGGAUCAUCUCGUUCACUCUGGCACAUCUCUCACCUGGAAAGUGGUAUACUACGGGUUAGCAGCAGCAGGUGUCAUUUGUUUAUCCUUGCUCCAGAAUCAGUACUCUUUGGAGCAUGAAUUAGCUGCUGCUCCCAAGAUUCUCCGAGACCUCGGCGUGUUGGUCGCUGAAAUUGAAUAUGGGACUUUGGUCUAUAAAGAGGAUGCCAAUUACGCAUUAUUGGCUGGAGCUACACAGACCAUUAAGAAUAUUCUGGAUAACAUAUCCAGAUCCAGACUUGACCAACGGCGUUUGAAUGUACAAGCACCUGACGCGACGGCUCAGGAUGACCCCGAGCUUGGUUCUGCAUCCUGGGACCUAUGGGGUACGGGUAAUCUACAGGACUUUGAUACUAACUUUUGGCUCAUGCUGGCAGAGCAUCCCUUAACAUUCAAUACAUAG